AUGUCAAAGUUCUUUGCUGGACUGGAGGAUGCUCCGCAAAAGAAAGUAAAUUCCGCAAUUGCUGCACAACUUAAUUUCUCAGACGACAGUGAAGAGGACAAGCCAACUAUUUCUAACAAAGAAAAGAAAGAUGAAGAAGUGGACAAAUUAUGCAAAGAAACCACUUUUAAAAAGCCAAAGGAUGUAGACCAGUUUUUUAAGAAACUGACCAAGUAUUCAGCACACUUUACAAAGAAAGGUCUUCCGUCGGUUUUAGUAGACUUUAUUGCAGAGGCAGAGAAGAACAAGUCCACACCAGCAAUUUUCAAACAAAAAAAGACGAAGUUUUUAGAGAAGUAUAACGAAGUAGAGGUGAUUCUUAAUGUGGUGGAAGAAAAAAAGCACAAGAAAAGCUAUAUUGAGGAGAUAGGAAAAACGUAUCUAAUUGAGAAUCUACAAAAAAGAAAGGAGGCUCUUAAAGAGAUGGAAAGCAUAUCCACACUGUCUGAUGUUGAAAUGCACCGAAUUAAUCUAUAUUUAUUGAGUUGCAUAAUAGAAGAAAGCGUAGAGGAAAACUACGUAGAGAUUAUAGACAGGCUCAAAAAAGAAAAGAACUUUGUGAGUGCUGAAGAAGAGCAGAGCCUAUUAAGAACAAGAAUAGGAAAGUACAUGCGGAAUCUGUUAAAGUAUGUGCAAGAAUUAGAUGCAGAUAAAAUCAACUGGGAAAAUGUAUAUUACGAUCUAAUGGAAGUAGCAGAAGGGCUAUCUGAUGUAACAGAUGUUCCUAGGGAAAGCGUUCUUGAGAUUGAUUAUUUCCUAAGAAGUACAGUUGAUGAUGUAUCUAGGCCAUACCUUACCAAGGAGUUUAUUGACAGGCCGAUAGACAGCCAUAACUAUGAAAAAUUCAAAGUGGUAGAGAAGCUAAGAGAUCUGCCUAUUUUAGAGGCUGUGACGCUAUACAAACAGCUGACAGAAAAAGAAAAUAGCACAAAUGCGUACUUGCCUAAGUGUGCAGAGGAGCUAGGGCACAGAGCAUUUAUAGAAAGAGACUUUACCAAUGCAAUGGACCUUUUAGAGUAUUCAUAUUACAACAAGACCCUCUGGUGCUCAGCGAAAACAGAAACCGUGCUUAGAGUGCUUUGCUUGUGUUUUGAGCAGAAGAUGAAAGAAAGAGAGUUUUUCUCUGUGUUUAAGAAGAGCCUGCUUCAGAUUGGAGAUAAUCUUCUCCUACUUAAAUCGCAAAGUAUUAAAAUGGAAAUAGCAAGAGCAUUUGUUUUCUUGCGACUGGGGAGCUAUUUAGAAUCACACGCAAUUAUUACAGAAAUACUCCCAGGAUUUAACUGUGAGACUCUUCUGAGAACCCGUGCAAUAGAGCUACUACUAACCCCACAAUAAAUAAAGAGCCAUGAUUAAGCA